AGCGAUCGAUACAAUGGCAUGUCAAAUCGUUGCCAACUAUCAACCUAUUAAAAUGUUCAAGCUGUGCGUUUUCGUUGCCCUGCUGAGCCUGGCGGCUGCUGCACCCGCUCCUGCGCCUGUGCCGGCGCCAGCACCCUCGCCCAGCCUGUUGGGACCUACCCUGGUGGGACCCGGCAUUUGGGGACCUGUCGUCGCACCACCAGUAGCCAUUGCACCACGCAUCGUGCAGGUGGUGCCCGGCGCCGUCUCUCACGUCUCGGUCAGCCAGCUGCAUCCUUCGCCGAUCCUGCUCAAGAGCAUCUGGUAAAAGAGAGCUGCCAAUAGCUAAGCGCGACAGACACAAAGACAGACAAAUAGACAGACUCACACACAGACAYACACACACUGACAUGUACCCCGUCCGGAUAUUGUUUCGCCAACUGAAAUUUCACGUGCCCUAUUUAAGCAACAAUGAAAAAUCACAAAAAAAAAUGUUUUAGUUCUAUUUGUAUGCAAUAAAAUGCCCUGACAAAUAAUUCCUAUAGCGAGCGAA